GUUGAUUUAGAUUGAAAAAUAAAUGGGGUUUAAUUUUCUUGAUUUGUUUGGUUACAUUUUUAGUUUUUUCCUCCAUAUGUGUGUUUGGUAUUUUAGUAAGUUUUGAUGGAAUAAUAAGUGGGGUUUAAUUUUCUUGAUUGAUUUUUACAUCUUGAGGAAGCUUUUAAAUGUGUGUUUGAAGAAUUGCUGAUGGUGAUUUCUCUCCCAUUCUAACUGCAAAAUCCAUUGAAACUAUCUCCUUGAGGUACUGUAAAAGAAGUUUUAUUUGCGAAAAAGUUCACUUCUUUUUUUCAAUUUAUCGAAAUUAGCUUCUCUACCUUCACAAUAGGUAGGGGUAAGGUUGAAGGUCUGUGUACACAGUAUACUUUCCAGACUUAACUUGUGGGAUUACACUGAAUUUGUUUUCGUUGUUGUUGUUCAAAGAAAUUGAAUGAGAGAAUUUAAUGGUUGAUUUGCAGUUCUGGCACUACUCAAGGGAAGCCAAAGUUUGUACCUUUCAGAUAAGAUCUAAAGUUAACCAUAAAAUUUUGCUGACACUAGGUGAAAUGUUUGUCAUAAAUGCUGCACCAGGAUUUGGGUUACUCUGUCAUAUACAUGAGCCAUUUCUUGACCCAAAAACAACUUCGAAGAUUCAUGUAUGACAUGUUUUUCCCCUUGAGCAUGUUUUUCUCAGGUUCCAUUAUAUUUGGUUCUAUCAUCUGUUGGUAGAAGGGGUGUGUUGGAGCAACGAUGAGUUGUCUCCAUAUGACUUAUAAGUCAUGGGUUCAUGCAGUGGAAUCACUCAUUGAUUCUUGCAUCAGGGUAAGGUGUCUAUAUCACAUCCCUUGGGUUGUGACCCUACACGGACCCUGAGUGAAAGCGGAAUGCUUUAUGCACCAAGCUGCCCUUCAAAUAUCUGUUGGUAAUCAAAAUCUUAGUCUUAUUAUGAAGAAAGAUGUUCAUUGAUGUCCAACAUCAAGUCAAAAUUGGUCUUAAUCUUGAGGAUGGAAGAACAUUAGUUCAACCGAUAUUUUAUAUGUUGCUCAUCAAAGAACUAUUUCUAAAAUUUCUAAGUUCUCGACAAUAAUUAUCAAGGGAAACUGCUUGACCUCAUUGACGAAUGGUAAUCAUCUCUUAAUUUUUUUCCUAUGCAAAGUAGGUAUAGUGUUCCUUAUGAUUAACAUCUGUGUAAACUAUGUGAUUCUCACCGAGUUGCCAGAUUUUAUAGGUGGUAGUUGUAUGUGUGAAAAUGACGGCGGUUGUUUAAGGCUCGACAAAGGGCCAUGGAGAACACUAAAGACAUCAACGAUGAAUUUUCGAGAAGAAGCAGAAUGCGUAGAGAAGACAGUGGCAACAUCGAAUGUUACACGCCAACCAGUAGGAGAAAAUCAGCCCCAGAUGGU